AUGUCAUACUUACUACCCCACUUGCACAGCGGCUGGGAAGUCGACCAAGCGAUCGUUACGGAAGAAGACCGAGUGGUGGUAAUUCGCUUUGGCCGAGAUCAAGACCCGACGUGUAUGAUUCAAGACGAAGUCCUCAUGUCCAUUGCAGAGAAAGUCAAGAAUUUUGCCAAGAUCUAUGUGGUGGAUAUCGACCAAGUGCCAGAUUUCAGCAACAUGUACGAGCUGUACGAUCCAUGUACCACCAUGUUCUUCUACCGUAACAAGAGCGUUUCGUUGUACUGCUCCUUUGCUCAGCACAUUAUGGUUGAUCUCGGGACUGGUGACAACAACAAGAUCAAUUGGGCGCUUGCAGACAAGCAAGAAUUCAUUGAUAUUAUAGAGAUGGUUUAUAGGGGAGCACGAAAAGGAAGAGGUCUGGUGGUGUCGCCAAAGGACUACUCAACAAAGUACAGAUAUUAG